GAGAGCUUGGGUGACACGAAUGGUAUAUAAGCCGUUGAGUUUACUUAGAAAACUCUCUUAGAUUCCAAACGUGUCCGGUCCCAACUUCUUCUUUCUCCCAUUGCUCCAAUGGGGAAACUUUUCUGGCUUGCCAUUGCGAUUGCGAUAGGACUUGUUUUAAGCAACUGGGUUCAUGGCUUUCAAGGAUAUGAAUAUCACCACUUCAAUGAAACAGAACCCUCAUUGCUGGAGGCUCAUGAAUCAUCUUUGUUUAAGAGCAAUACUCUCUUCGUGGGACUCACCCUUAUUCAUACCGCAGCUGCCAAAGGAGCAGUGUGCUUGGAUGGAUCUUUACCUGCUUAUCAUUUGCAUCGGGGUUAUGGAUCUGGAGCAAACAGCUGGCUUAUUAAUUUAGAGGGAGGUGGAUGGUGUAACAGCAUUAGAACAUGUGUUUAUCGCAAGAGAACACGGCGUGGAUCAUCCACAUUUAUGGAAAAGGAGAUUCCUUUUACGGGAAUACUGAGCAACAAAGCUGAAGAAAACCCAGAUUUUUUCAAUUGGAACAGAGUAAAGAUUCGUUAUUGUGAUGGAGCAUCAUUUACCGGUGAUAGUGAAGACAAGACAGCAGAGCUACAAUUCAGAGGACAGAGGAUUUGGGCAGCCGCAAUAGAAGAUUUGAUGUCCGAGGGAAUGCGCUUCGCCCAGCAGGCUCUUCUCUCCGGAUGCUCUGCCGGUGGCUUGGCUACUAUCAUACACUGCGACGGAUUUCGCAACCUCUUUCCUAGGACCACCAGAGUGAAGUGUCUUAGUGAUGCCGGAUUGUUUCUUGAUGCAAUUGAUGUAUCUGGUGGCCAUACCCUCAGAAAUUUCUACACCGGUGUCGUAGGAUUGCAGGGAGCACAGAAGAAUUUGCCAGAGAUAUGUACUAAUCAUCUUGACCCCACAUCGUGCUUCUUCCCCCAGAACUUGAUUGCGAGUGUGAGAACCCCGCUAUUCAUUCUCAAUGCUGCUUAUGAUUCAUGGCAGAUCCAAUCGAGUAUAGCGCCUCCAUCAGCAGAUCCACAUGGAUAUUGGCAUGAUUGCAGAUUAAACUAUGCUAAAUGUACUACAUCACAAAUCCAAUUCCUUCAAGGAUUCAGGAUUCACAUGCUGAACAUUAUAAAAGAGUUCUCAAGAUCAUACAAGAAUGGAUUGUUCAUCAAUUCAUGUUUCUCUCACUGCCAAUCUGAGAGGCAGGACACAUGGUUCGCUGAAAAUUCUCCAAUCGUGAAGAACAAGGUAAUUGCUGUGGCUGUUGGAGAUUGGUAUUUCGAGCGCGCAGGUGUGAAGGUGAUUGAUUGUCCUUACCCUUGUGAUAACACGUGUCACCAUCUCGUAUUCAGAUCAUGACCCCAAUUUCAUUCUCAUCAUCUACAUCAAUUCAAUUCUUGCCCAAAUAUUAAUCAGCCAACAACAUGUACCACAUGAUACAUACACACAUCUCAUGUAUACAUUCAGUAUUUGGAAAUCAAUUUUAAUAAGUCCUAAAUACUUUAUAUUAGUAUUAACCAAUGUUAGCAAGAAUAUAUAUCUCCACAUGUAAAUAUGGUCGAGAGAAACUUGUAAGGGAUUAUCAAUAAGAGCUCUUUAUGGCAUUAGUAGGAGGAACAGCGGAAUACAAUUCUUGUGAGUUCUCAAAGCAAAGGUUGAUGAAAAUUUCAGAGUCUAACUCUACAGGACCAAAACCUAUGAGUAUUUUCACAUUUGUAUGUACUUCAAAGAAUUUGUGUCAAUAAAUCUUAAUAUUUUGUUUGGU